ACGCGUUGUUCCCCUCUAAGUACGGGGUACGUACUGGUAAUAAUACUGCGGCAGUCAGACACCACAGACACUCCCCUAGUAUUGAGAUAUCCUGAUAUCAUUUAUGGCGCCAGAGUUUUCGAACUCGAAGAGGAAACGGGCUGGACCGAUUGGCUCAGUUGCAGCGGCCGCCGACGCGUCGCGACGCGCCGCCCGGAUGCCUAGAGUCGGCGAACGAGACCCAUUGCAGGAAGCAACCUCGCAUGCCGAAGGAGCCGAUCAGGAUGCGAACCCGAGACCCUCCAAACGAGGCCGGACAAGAAAGGAUGGCGCCGAUGCAGCCGAACCCGACCCCCGAACAGCGCCAAGAUCUAAGAAGGGCGCCAAUGUUCCUGAAAAUCGCGACGAACAUCACGAAGAAGAGGGACACCGUGGAGAAUCGGGCUCUUUACGCCGGAGCAAGCGCGAGCGGCGUUCUGCAGAUGCGCAGCCAUGGUGGGUGUCGGGUCCGGGCGACUCUUCAGCUCCAGGAAAUCAACCAGUGGUAGGGGAAGCGGCCGCGGUCGCCGUCCAACCGAAUAAGGGCGCCCGGCGAUUGUUCCAAGACCCCCCGCCUGAGGAUCAAGAGACGGUGGCAAAUGAGAGACAUAAAAAGAAGCGAGGCAGGCCAGCUGAAGAGUCCCCAGCCGAAUUGGAGGUUCAACCCAAGCGCAAAGGUCGGAGACGAACAUCAAAUGAAGGAAAUACGUCCAAGUCGACGUCCCAAGCAAAGUCGCCGAAGCGACAGCGACCUUUACAGCCUACCGACGCGGCCGGAAACAAGAGAGGUUCCGGGCCAAAAGCUCGCCGGUCCACUAGAGCUGGUGAUCGUCUUGACGUGGGGCCCGUUGAUGAGGACGAUAUGGAGAAUUCACAAGCCGUCCCGCCGGCGAAAUAUCGACAUAUCGAAUCACGAACGCGUCAAAUCCCUCGAUCGACCAUAUCUGCCAAGUGGACGCCGCUAGACGAGGCUUCUGUGAGCGCUGUCGCUGCCCUGGUUUCGGACACCUAUCGCCCUAUUCUGCUGCGGUUGCAAGGCCGUGAGCAGCGUCACCAGCAAGCGCAGAAUAUUCUCCGAGCGUUCGCAUCGCGGGUACAUGCCAAGCUGCGCAAAGGGAUUCCAUUCCCGCCUCCCUCAACGAGAACAGCGCCUGCCAAGAACGCGAAGUCGGAUGCCCCCGAGACCAGCACGAGUCACGUCGAGGAGUUUGACUUUGAACGAACCGUCAAUUCCAUCCAGUCACUCGAGACGACGCUGAACCCGCUUCUACACUCCGUGUCGCUGCUCAAGAGCGAGAAAGACAGGGAAGAGGAAGCUUUGGAAAACGACUAUGAGACUCUGCGAACGCUCGAAGCAAAUGCGAGAGCGGAGAUCAGAGGCUGGAAGGAAAGGGCAAAAAGAGCUCACACCCUGGCUCCCGAGGCCAGCAGGGUGGACGAGGCACGGAAUGAGACGGGUGAGGCGAGAUUGGAGGUCCUGAAAAGCGGGCGCAGGCCAUCGGCAGGCAUUUUCAAGGGCAUCGAAGACGAGGAAAUAAGGUCCUUGUCCCGGCAACUAGGGAACCACGUGGAGAGUAUGCGUGGAAAUCUGCGUCUAGUUGGAAACUUGUUACCAGCGAUCACCAAGAGCAGAGCCGCAUUGCAAGGUGUUUUGCAUAACCAUCUCGGCCCGCACCAGUAUGACAAGGUUAUUUUUGACUGAGGACGGAAUGGGCAAAUGACGACACGAGAUUCUUUGUGUGAUGUGUGUUGACCUUGUCACCUCGUGGCUUGCGGGCGCCAAAUUAGAGCCUGUCUAUUUUUAAAUAAACGGCAUCAAAUCAGUCUCCCAAGUUACAAGAUGCUAGAUCGGUUGGUAGAUUCACACUUGGAAGCUAUGCUGCUGUUAGCAACUGCCGUCUGCGCAGCCACCGCGCAGGAAUUGUCAGCUACUGGGUGAAACAGGACCUGAACCUGACCCCCAAAAUCCCGAGACCUCGGCCACAGCUUUGCCUUGUCUGAGUACGGCCAUGACCUGG